UCUAAAAGCAACACGGCUACGAGAGCACCGCACGUGGAGCAGAUAUAAGUCAAAAUAAAAUACACUUUAAAAACAACGUAAUUAAAAACACAGCAUACGGCCAUGCAGGUGGACAAUAUAAACGUGGACGAUUUUCUUCCCAGCAAGAAGGCGCAGAAACGCAGCGCAAAUGUUGAUACACAGGACGUCGAAAUGCUAGUGGAUACAGCCACAGGUAUUGAAGGUGGACAACGUUCCAGCAACUCACAGGCACCCAAAGCCAAGCGCAUUCGCAGCGAGCUGCGCAAGGUGUCGGUGCCGCCGCACAGAUACUCCUCACUCAAAGAGCAGUGGAUGAAGAUCUUUACACCCGUGGUGGAGCACAUGAAGCUACAGAUACGUUUUAACAUGAAGGCACGCCAGGUUGAACUGCGCAUUGGACCUGAAACUCCAGAUAUAUCCAAUCUGCAGAAGGGCGCCGACUUUGUUAAGGCCUUUCUCUGUGGCUUCGAGGUGGACGACGCAUUGGCGUUGUUGCGUCUGGAGGAUUUAUUCAUAGAGACAUUCGAAAUCAAGGAUGUGAAAACACUGCGUGGUGACCAUCAAUCGCGCGCAAUUGGUCGCCUGGCGGGCAAGGGCGGUCGCACAAAGUUCACCAUAGAAAAUGUCACCAAGACGCGCAUUGUACUCGCCGACAGCAAGAUACACAUACUGGGAAGCUACCAAAAUAUUCAGCUGGCACGCCGCGCCAUAUGUAAUCUGAUUCUUGGUUCACCGCCCAGCAAGGUCUAUGGCAAUCUGCGUUCUGUUGCCACGCGUAUUUCGGAGCGCAUGUGAUCUUCGGAUACUGAUGAGGAUGAGGAUACAUAUUUAUAAGCCUAGGUUUUCAUACAUAAUCUUUUUUUGUUUAAUAAUAAAUAAUCAAAACAUACAUU